AUGCCUGAAGUCUACGCCGCACACCCCGAAUUUGCCUUUCCUCGCGAUUUCAAGGGAUUUGGCGAGAAGGGGCUUGAAGGUCUGAAGUGGCCAAACAACGCAAAGAUUGCUGUUUCUUUUGUCAUCAACUAUGAAGAGUCAUUUCAUCAAGUCGCUGACCGUGCCCAGGGCGGUGAACGCUCAGUAAUGACGGGCGAUGGUGUGUCAGAAAUCAGCCUCCGCGAGUAUCCAGCAACACAAAGAAUAAAUGAGCGCGACUACAGCGGUGAAUCCGAAUUCGAAUACGGCUCACGUGCCGGCUGGUGGCGUCUAUUCAAGCUCUUCAACGACUACAAGAUGAAGUUCACUCUUUACGCUGUCGGUGCAGCCGUUGAAGAGCAACCCGAAGUUGUUACUCGCUGUGUUGAAGAAGGUCAUGAUAUUGCUUCACACGCAUAUCGCUGGAUCGACCACCAUAAUCUUAGUGUCGAGGCUGAGAAGCAGCACAUUCGCGACAAUAUCAUAGCGCUCAAGAAACUUUCUGGUUAUGCCCCCAAAGGAUGGUACUAUGGACGACCGUCGCCACAGAGUAGAGCUCUUAUCCCGCAGGUGUACGAAGAGAUGGGCGAGGAGCUUCUUUGGGCUAGCGAUGCGUAUGCUGAUGACGUCCCAUACUGGACCGAUCUACCACAAGAACGCAACAGCGCGAAUCCCAAAGGCUGCCUGAUGGUACCCUACAGCUACGACUGCAACGAUUUCAAGUUCCUCAAUGGUGGUCCUGGUUUCCGCAGCGCUGGUAGUUUCUCGGAGUAUCUCAUCAAUGCCUUCGACGUGCUGUAUGAAGAGGGUGAAGCGGGCGCACCAAAGAUGAUGACCAUUGGGCUGCACUGUCGCAUCAUUGGUCGACCAGGUCGAUACAAAGCUUUGCAAGACUUCGUCAAGUAUAUAUCCAAGAAGGAAGGCGUAUGGGUCGCAACGCGGACGGAGAUUGCGGAGUCAUUCAGGGAACAGUUUCCAUAUAAGAAGGGCCAGCGAUAGCAUAAACGCACAAAAGGCGAAUAUCGAUAUCAAGCCAUAUUCACUCC